AUGUCGUCCAACACCGCUGCCGCCACCGCCACCGCCGCUUCGCCCGCGCGCAAGCCGCUGGUGGGCGUGUCGUUCAAGAUGUACUUUGACCUGCCCAAGACGCAGGCCUACAUCAACCACACCCUCUCGCUGCUGGCCUCGGCGCUCCCCACGCUCCAGCGCCAGACCGACGUCUUUGUCAUCCCCGACUUUGUCACGCUCACCACCACAAAGGCGCUCAUCGACGCCGCGUCGCCGCCCCAGGGCCCGCCGCUGCUCGACCUCGGCGCGCAGGACGUCCACUCGACCGACUUCGGCGCCUACACCGGCGAGGUCUCGCCCGUCGUCCUCUCCCAGGUCGGCGUGCGAUUCGUCGAGAUCGGCCACGCCGAGCGCCGCAGGCUGUUUGGCGAGACCGACGACGACGUCGCCAAAAAGGCCAGCGUCAUCACCGCCAACGCCAUGGUCCCGCUCGUCUGCAUCGGCGAAGUGUCGCGCCCGGACAACGAGGCCUCGAUCUCGGACCAAGACCUCGAGCGCACCGUCAUCGCCGAGGUGUGGACGCAGAUCAGGCCCGUCCUCGAGUCGAUCCGCGACCAGGACGACGUCGUCUUCGCCUACGAACCCGUAUGGGCCAUCGGCGCCGCCCAGCCCGCGCCCGCAGACUACGUCGUCAAGGUGACCCAGGCCAUCCGCCGCCGCUACAACCGCGAGUACGCCGGCCGCCGCUCCGACCAGAGCAUGCGCAUCCUCUACGGCGGCAGCGCCGGGCCAGGCCUGUUUGAAAAGCUCAAGGACGGCGUAGAGGGCCUCUUCCUCGGCCGGUUCGCCCACAAGCCCGAAGCGUUCGUCGAGACCAUCAAGGAGAUUGCCGGCGUAAAGGCCGACGCAUGA